AUGAAUUGUUUUAGACUCACGUCCAUCCGGUGUGCUUCACAACUCGCCUUCAGUAAAGUCCCCAAGACGCUCACCAAUGAGCCCGUCAAGGAGUUUGCCAAGGCUCACUCCCAAGACUGGACUGCGUUGCAAGCUUCGAUCUCCAAAUUAUCGCAGCCAAUUGACAUUCCCUUGGUGGUAAAUGGCCAAAAGAUCUAUAAAACACAAACGGUACCCUUUGUGAACCCUGCCAACCACAAGCACACGUUGGCCCAUGUGUCACAGGCGGAAGAGCUGGAUGUUUUAGCUGCUAUAGCCGGUGCAAAGGCUGCUAAAGCCGAAUGGAUGAACACUCCAUGGACCGACAGAGCCGCCAUUUUUCUCAAGGCCGCCGAUUUGAUAUCCACCAAGUACAGAACCGAUAUGUUGGCCGCCACCAUGUUGGGACAAGGUAAAAACGUCUAUCAGGCGGAAAUCGAUAGUGUGGCCGAACUCAUUGAUUUCUUCAAGUUUAACGUCAAAUACGCCGAAGAGUUGUACAGUCAACAGCCCAUCGAGUCGAGUCCUGGUGUAUGGAAUCGUGCCGAGUACCGUCCGUUGGAAGGGUUUGUUUACGCGGUCACUCCCUUCAACUUCACUGCCAUUGCUGCGAAUUUGGUCGGUGCUCCUGCUCUUAUGGGGAACACCGUGGUGUGGAAACCAUCGGCCACGGCGGCAUUGUCGAACUAUUUAUUGUUGAAUAUCUUGGAAGAAGCAGGUUUGCCGGCUGGAGUGGUGAACUUCAUUCCUGGGAACCCCCAACAAAUCACCGAUUUGGUGGUGGAAGAUGAAGCGUUUUCAGCAUUACACUUUACCGGAUCCACCCAGGUGUUCAAGGACUUAUACGUAAAGAUUUCUCAGAAUGUGGCUGCUGACAAGUACAGAGAUUUCCCCAGAAUUGUGGGGGAAACGGGAGGAAAGAACUUUCAUUUGAUUGAUGGUUCUGCGGCGGUGGAACACGCUGCUUUGUCCACCUUAAGAGGGGCGUUCGAGUACCAGGGUCAAAAAUGUUCGGCUACCUCAAGGGGUUACGUGGCGGAGUCUGUAUGGAGCGAGUUCUGCGACAAAUUGGUGUCAGCAAUGGAAACCAUCAGUGUAGGCGAUGCCACUGCUGAAUUGAAUGCUUUUAUGGGUCCUGUGAUCCACGAACAGCUGUUCGACAAGUUGGCGGGUGCCAUUGAUCAGGCGAAGACCGACCCAGAGUUGGAGGUGCUUGCGGGAGGUGAAUACAACAAGUCUAAGGGUUUCUUUGUGAAGCCAACGUUGGUUAAGACUUCGAAUCCUAACCAUGAGUUUAUGUCGAGAGAGUUUUUCGGGCCUGUUUUAACAUGCUACGUGUAUCCCGACGGAGAGCUCGAGUCGGUCAUGGAGUCUAUUGAUACGGUUUCCAAAUAUGGGUUGACAGGAGCUGUUUUCGCUAGAGACAGAAAGGUGUUGCGGUUGGCAGAAGAGAAGUUGAGGUACGCGGCCGGUAACUUUUACGUGAAUGAUAAGUCUACCGGGGCGGUGGUGGGCCAGCAGUGGUUCGGGGGUGCCAGGAUGUCGGGUACCAACGAUAAGGCAGGUUCUGGAAACAUAUUGAACCGGUUUGUGUCUGUGAGAAACAUCAAGGAGAACUUCUAUGAGUUGAAGGAGUAUGAAUAUCCUUCUAAUAAAUAG